AUGGGAAUGAAAAGUUUGAACGUGAUAUCAUGGCAUUAUCAGACACCUGAAAGAAGAGCUCUAAAAAGAAAUCGAUUAGGACCACCCGAUGUUUAUCCGCAAGAUGUAAAACAGGAAGAAGAUAAUUUAGGAGCCGAUCGUUUGAAAAAAGGUUAUCAAGUUGCUGUGACAUCUUAUGAACAUGAAUCAAUUGUUUAUAACGUAAAGAUGCCACGAUUGGAUCGUUUGGAUGAUACGAUGUUACGUGGAGCGCAGUUAGUAAUGCAAAUAAUGGCAAAAAAGAUGGAAUUAAAUGCAAAUCUUGAUAAAGAAAGAAGGCGUGCCGGAAGUGUUAUUACUAAAGAUAGUACUGGAAGCGGAGGGAAUGGUGUAGGAGGUGGCCCGCAAAUAUAUUUCCAACAGUUUAGCCAUAAUGCGGAAAAAGCGAAGAAAUCAAAGGAAAGAAAUGACUGGUUCACUGAUUUAGCUCAUGGCAAACCUUUAGCAGUCUUAGCCCGGAAACCACCAUUUUUUCGCAAAAAGGAAGAUGCAUUGGAAUACUUAUGUGAUUAUAAAGUACCAGUUAAUCGAGCACUAUGGUUCCUAAAACUAAUUGCUGUCAGUGGUCAAGGAUGUAAUAGUAACGUGAACAAACAGAAAAAAUCUACUGCUGACCAGUUGGCUUCCGAAUUCGCAUCCCUUUUUACGAAAUAUAUAAAGUUAAUGCUUAAUCAGAUGAGCGAUAGCGCCAAACUAGAAUCGAACAUUGUUUAUACUGAUCGAUGGCCACAUUUUGUAUACAUUUGUAAACAUGCAUACGAGGAUGGAAUGGUUGAGAAGCAAGAAUUUUUGAUGGAUUUAUUGGAUAUAUUCAAUGACCGGUUUGUGCAGCCUAUUGAAAAUCGUAAGAAUGACAAGACAUUAAUUCAUCCUUUUUUGCAUCAUGGAUCCGGAUUCGCUUCAGCUUCAAGUACCAAUCACUCCCAUUAUGUCACAUUGCUACGUCUUUUUCUUCUGUUUAUUUGUCAAUACACGGAUCAAAUUACACAAAAUAUAGUAUUAUCGAAAAGAUGUGCAUUUUUGGUAUGUCAUAGAUUGGAACUGUAUCGAGACGAAGCUGAGGAGCGGGAAGGAAGAUCAGUGGAUUGUGUUGAGCUAUUCGAUGAUAUGCAACAAUGCAUUCAUCAGCGUGCAAUAAUUUUGACACUUUGUGGUAUGCUCUAUGCUAUAUUAAUUGAUUGCCCUGCUGCUCUGAUAUGGAAUAAAUACGAAGUUUCACCAGGACGUCCGCCAACAAUGCUUCAUCAAUUGUGCGGUUCACCACUGGAUCAUCUGCCUUGUCCGUUCGAAAGCCUUCCUUUACCACCAGGUCACGGCACUGAGCGAUUGCAGGAGUUCAUUCAACUUCGGUUGGCUGAAGUACGACGUCGUUCUCGUGCUUGCGAAAAUAAAUGGUCAUUGAAUUAUGCACAGAAGAAGGGAUUUGCAGCUUUGGUUUUGCAAUGUCUGGAAAUAGUUGGUGUACUUGAUGCUGCACGUCUGGACCAACCAAACUGCGUCGAAAAGAUCUAUGCAGUGAUUUUUAACGGACCGUCCAAAGAAAGCUUUGAGCACGAACAUGCAAUCCGCGUGAAGAUGCUUCUACAGUGGGCAGUAACAGUAGAAAGGGAAGGUACUCAUCGUGCUAUACUUGUCGCUCAGCUGCUUGCAUUCCGGAUUAAUCAUCGAAAAACGUUUAAAUUUGGUUCGUUAACUCUGCAAGAAAUAUUGUUAGAGUUUCUUGUGACAGAAGGGCCGGAUCCAGAAAAUACCGACAAAAACCGUUUUUCUCAAGAGUUUGCUAAUCUAAUGCUUCUGUUUAUUGAGUUGCAACGUGCUGGUGUUUUUUCCCAUGAUUUAUAUAUGAAGGAAUUAAUUCGGACUGGUGAAAUGUUGGAAUAUAUACCAUUAAUGCAAAAAAUCAGGAAACGUAAGGAAGACAAACAAAAACAGCAUCAACAGUUAUCGAACACGGUUGCAUUUCCGUCGACAUUUGUAUCUCAACCAAAUGAAACAACUGCAGCGCUCUUAACAGGAGCAGUAACGACACCACCUCCACUUGUAACGAUGCCGUCUGAAUUACCCGAUGAGCACCCAUUUUUAUUUAAAGAUUUAUCGGUACAUGAACGGCUAUUGAUACAUUUACCCAUUCCGCAGUCAGCUGAAUAUAGAAGCGAAUGCAAUCAGAGAUCUCUUCUACUAUAUGGAAUUGGUGCGGAACGUGACGCUGUGAAACUGGAAUUGAGGCGUUUGGCACGUGAAUUAGCAAAACUUUGGCAAAAGCGAAUUGUUGUCGAAUUUUCUUUUAAUAAACCGUUGGAAAUUCGAUUUAAAAAGCGAACUACACGUGAACAAGUUCAAGAAAGCAUGGCUAAAUUCAGAUCAUGUACAUACUAUGAUCAACUUGUUCUUUGUGGCUGGUGCUGUGAAUCUUUCAUUCAAAUGGUGCAGGAUUUUGUUGAUGGACACAGUUGCCUGUUGCCGACCGCUGAAGGGCUUGAUAUCAUCUUAGAAAUGUGUGAGCUAGCACAGAAUAUUGCAGGUAUUAUGGAGCUCGCUGAAGAGUUACUACCUCUAUUAGUAUUAAUUGAACGAGUACUUCUGGAGCGUCGUGUUGACUGUGUUCCAAGUAAUUUAUCAGCUCAACUUGGCUAUGUUCUAACUGCAUACAUUUCCCAUAAUUAUUAUUACUUUCUGUACUCUCAAAAUGCACCGAAUAUUGUACAAGGAUUAUACCGGGUAAUUGAAAGUCAGCUGAAAUCAUCAGAUUUUUGUUUAACAGGAUGGGGACGUACUAUUGCUGUUUUUGUACUCGAUGCAAAGAAACAACUCAUUGAAACUGGUUUGUGUAGUCGUAAAAUUGAAGCAAAACGCGAACUGCUAAAACGGGUGAUACCGCCGUGGAAGCCGGCGCACAAUAUUGGCGAUAGGAAUCCAUGUGGAGGACAGCGAUAUGCGUACAAUGCUAGCACUUUUAAAGAAUUGCUGGAGGAACCAAAGCGUAUAUUUUCCUUUAAUGAAUAUCGUCGUUUGCAUGCAGUUAUCGAUGGAACAGAUGAUGCACGAUACAGUUUUGUUGUCAGCGCAUUGCUUGCUGCAGUACACGGAAUUGGCAAUGCAGGCGGAAAUGAUAAUACGGGAAUUGGUAGUGGUUCAGCAGCAGUGGAACGACUUACAGGGGAUCGGUUGGUUGAAUUAGCGAAUAUUUGUGGGCAUGUUAGUGCUCAAGCAGCUCAAGUAGAGAAAUAUUUGGACUGGUGUGGUGCUCUUCAAGCACUUUGUUGUUCAAGUUUGCAAGGUGGGACUUCAACAUUCCCGGAUCUCCUGAUGGAAAUCAAUGUAGAAGACUCGACAUGUCAUUAUAAUAUUGCGACAUUUUAUAUGCUUCUGGCGGGGCGUAGCUGUUUCAGUAUAAAUGCAUUGGUUCAUCAAUUAUUACAUACAGCCUUGAAGUCAUUACUUAACUGUGGAAUUGGCAAAGUACUAGAUGCGGAUGCAGAAGCAGGUGUUUGUUUAGCACUUUUGGUGCUAGCUAAUAUUGUAUGUCAAAGUGACCAACCAAUCAUUCUUUCACCGCAGUAUACUGGUGAGCGAAUCAGUUCGAACAUCUGUAAAGCGGAUCGAUGGAUCUUAACAGAAGGUCAUUUGCAUGAUAUAGGCGAUGAAGUUUGUGCACUGCUGGUUGCAAUUUGUAUGAUUGCCGAUUACACCAAGCAUAAACUGAGAGAUCGAUGCUCGGAUGAUAAACCGAUUGAUCAACGUGUAUUUCGUCGUGAGUAUAUAGCGGAAUUGUCAAAAGGAGUACUGAUGGCAAUGUGCGAGCAGGAAUGGGUCACCCAACGAAUAUACAGACGAUGUGAAGAUGGUGCAUUGGAUUGCUUCUCCUCUCAUCAGCUGCGUAAAAACUGCUUGGGUCAACAAUUAUUACGCAUGGCUUUGCGAAGACGUAGUGAACGUGAAAUAGUACGCGAAUUAACUAUUUGUAAUGGAAAUAGUAAAAAAUCACUUAUCGAUAAGCUGCUCAAUGUUUUGAAUAUAUGGAAUACACGGGCCACUUAUUUCGAUUUUAAGUUAAUGAUUCGAGAGAUCUCACCGGAAGGUUGUACGAGUAAACAUGCUCAGCAGGGUGCGAUUGCUGCCGAUGCACUGCUUGGUGAAAUUGGUAAAUGUUGUCGCGAUUUAUUUACACAAUCACAUAAAUCUGAUAAAAAAUUACCACCGGCUGCUGUCGGUAAAGCUUUCAGGUUAAAAGAUAUCACAGCUUACUGGCUGAUUAGUCCAUUGGUGCAUGCUUGUCCAAGACCGGGUAAUUUGCCAGCCUCAUUCCCUGCGAUUACUGUGCAAGGAAAAUUCCUCAAAGAAGCAGCAGCAAUGCUUGAUACUUCGUCGGAUAAUAAUAAGGAAAGAAUUCAGCAAAGUACAUGGUUACUGAGUCAAGAGCCAUUCUUGAAUUUAGUACUGACGUGUUUGAACGGUGAGGAGCAGCAACGUGAUGGUUUGGUUGGUUCAAUGCUGAAACAGCUACAGGAGUUGGCACUAAAAGCUAAAGAUAAUCCUCUUUUACCGUAUUUGCGCAUAUUUUCGUUAGAACGUGAAGGAGUUCUAUUGCGCAUAUCCUUGGUUGGAGGUAUGUUUGACUCAGUAUGUCAUACUUCUAUUUGUGAUACCUGGGCAUUGACGUUGUUUCAAUUAAUGCUUUAUGGAGUUAUCUCAAAGGAGCGAGACGGAUAUUUGUUCGAUUCAUGUUAUGAUAUGUUAUCUACUCUGCUGGUGUGGUCGAUUACUGAUCCGAUGAAUGCAGCAGCGAUGAAUACACAGGAUCCAGAUACUAAAUUUCGAUUUCCUACUUACUCCUUAAUCGUUAAAAAACUGCGAAAAGAACUGAACGAACGUGCUUUAAUUCCUGAACUUCGUUCACUGAUACAAUUUCUGCCUAUUCCAAAGCCCCAAUUCGAACUGAUAACUUGUGAACCAUAUGGCACUUUACCAACUUCACCUCAAAAACUUGGCAAGAGUCAAUCUCAAGGGCAAAUAAUUCAAACUACAGUAAAAGCUAAUCGCCACGGGUUGCAGUUUGCUGAAAAGGUGAAGUUAUCGGCUUACGAUAUAAUACAAUAUCUGAAUAUUGAUUCAACUUUACUGAAACGUCCUUGGAACUGGUCAAUGUUACAGGCGGUAAAACUAGAUCGCUUGCCAGUCCCUGUACAGCGAUACAUUCAGCGUUUAGUUCAUCAUUCACAUUACAAUGAAUUUGUCCGCCCAACGAUUUGUGGAAUGGAUCGACCGCCUAAUCUGGAUAUCUAUCUUUCACCACCGAUGAUGGAUGUAUCAGAGACACCAGCAACUCUGCAUCAUGUUUCUUCCAGUGCAGCUACCUCAACAACUACAUCUGCUAGUUCUACGAAUGUACCGGUGUCCUCAGGUGGUGCAGCCAUGGAUGUAGGUGCAACGUUGGGUCCUGUAGUGCAAGGCCGUGCAAUGAGUUACCAGUCAAGUUCAACUCCUACUUGCACAUCUAUUCCCGAUGGAUCUACUCCAUCUAGUACUCCUGGUGCACCAAGUACCGCUGCUACGGCGAUGAUCUUUCCAGGGCAAUCUGGUCCGAUGCCAGCACUACCAGAUCUAACAGGACGAGGUCAAAACAAUGCGUCGCCAAGAGGUGCAAGAGGAGGGCGUCGCAAAGCAGCAGGUCUUUCUACACGUUCUCAAGGUACCACUCGUAAACAACGGCAGCAGCGGCAGCAAACUGUUGAUCAGCUAGCUGUAGCAGCUGCAGCUGCGGCUGCCGCUGCGCAACAACAACAGCAACAAAUGGGUAGUGCCGUUGGCUGUGGUGGAGGUCCACCUCAGCAGCCUACAUACCCGAGCACCUGGGCUACUGGCCCACAGCAAACAGGUGUACCGCAGCAGUUCGCAUCUGGGCCUUCAGCGCCUCCAUCUGGUACGGGGCAAGCAGGCACCGCAAUGGGUACUCAAACAACAGAAGAUUCAAAAAUGAAGAUUCACUCAAUGAUCUUGCAAAAGCGACAAGCGCAAGCUGCUAGUAGUGCUACUGCAACACAACAAGGUGUAACAGGUGGACCUCAGCCAUCUAUGCAGGAUGUUAAUGCCUACCAAAUCUCCGCAGGACCGCCACAAUAUGGUGGUAAUAUGAUAAUGAAAGUUGAAACGGGUGCUAACUCUAUGCAAAUGGUUGAUCAUACGCAGCAGCAGCAACAACAACGACAACAGCAGCAAUAUGCCCAGCAACAACAACUAAUCCAAAUGCAGCAGGAUGUCCAAGGAGGUUCCCAAUAUGUUGUACAUCAACAACAACGGGGUGGUAUAGCUUACGGACAGUCGGUACAGCAGGCGACUUAUGAUUCUCGAUUCAAUCAACAGCAGUUACAAUAUGGACAACAGCCUCAACAGCAACAACAACAGCAAUAUCAUCCUACACAACAGUACUAA